AUGAGUCACGGUGAGAAGCUCAUGGUGGAGGAAUUGCUUCAGGCUUUGACCUUGGAGGAGAAGGUCUCCCUGCUGGCGGGGAAAAAUAUGUGGGAGACAAUGAACAUCGACAGGCUGGGGAUCCCGAGCUUGAAGAUGACCGAUGGGCCAGCUGGAGCAAGAGGGUCGAAAUGGACAUACGGUUCAUUGACGACUUUCAUUCCUUGUGGUAUCUCAUUGGCGGCCACAUUUGACCCGGAGUUGGUUCAGAGAGUGGGCAGCGUUUUAGGGCAGGAGACACGACGCAAGCACUGCCAGGUCCUACUAGCACCAACAAUGAAUUUGUCACGUUCGCCGCUAGGUGGUCGCAACUUCGAGGGCUACGGCGAGGACCCAUACCUAAUUGGAAAGGUAUCGACUUCCAUGAUUCAGGGGAUCCAAAGCCAGGGUGUAGCGGCAUGCAUGAAGCACUUUAUCGCGAACGACACCGAAACGCGGCGCUUUAAUGUCGACCAAACCAUUGACGAGCGUACUCUGCGUGAAGUAUACAUGAAACCCUUUGUGAUGGCUCUUGAUGCGAACCCAUUGACUGCUAUGGUGAGCUAUCCAAAGAUAAACGGAUACCACGCCGACUUGAGCCCUGCCAUCCUGAAACCGCUUUUGCGUGAUGAAUUACAAUUUGACCGGAUAGUCAUGAGUGACUGGGGUGGAUUAAACAGCACCGUUGAGAGCUUGAUUGCUACUACCGACCUGGAAAUGCCGGGACCAGCGGUGCGACGGGGUGACAAGCUCCUGGCUGCCAUAGUACAAGGUCAGAUCGACGUCGCCAAGCAUGUUGAUCCAAGUGUGCGACGGGUCUUGGAGCUACUGGAACGGGUCGGUCUGCUGUCCUGCUCAUCCUCUGGUGGUUCCCUAAAGGGCGAUGAGGCUGAAUCUGAGAAAGCGCCGGACGACCCGACCUUUCAUCGGAUCACUCGUGAGGCUGCCCAGGAUGGUCUCGUCCUCCUGAAGAACGAAGGCCUCUUACCUUUGCAACCAUCCGCUCUACGAAAGGUUGCUAUCUUGGGUCCCAAUGCCCGCCGUCCGACUGCAGGUGGUGCUGGCAGUGCUGCUGUGAAUCCAUUUUACAUCACUACACCUGAAGAAUGCAUUACGACGGCUAUCCAACAGGCUAGCCCACAGACAGAUAUUGUUUAUGAGCAAGGCAUUCCGUUUAGUCUCCGCCCACCGUUACUAGGUGCCACGCUCACCAUACCCAACGGCUCCCGGCAGGGACUGGAGGUGACUUUCUACGCCGGACACGAGUUUCAGGGACCUCCUAUAACAACAAGCUAUUGGGAUGACUCCCUUAUUUAUCUCUUCAGUGAUGGCGAUGUACCGGAAUCGCUCAAAGGCAACCCAUAUUGCUACCAGGCAUCCGGCAUUGUGACACCCCAGGCAUCUGGUUGGUAUACGUGGAGUGUGGCAAAUACAGGCAAGGCUAAGCUGUUUAUCAACGAUGAAAUGAUGAUUGAUAAUACGCAGUGGUCGCGGAUAACUGGAGGCUUCCUAGGAUGCUCCAGUGAAGACCGAACGAUUCGUAUGCAUUUGGAAGCAGGGAAAGAAUAUCGACUGAGGGUGGAUAAUGUAGUGACAUUGCCACCUAUCGAAUCUUUUGAUAAUACCCUCUUUCCGAAUGUCUCAGGGCUGCGGGUUGGUCUUACCCUAGAGCAGGAUCAGGACGCAUUGCUGGGCCGCGCCGUGGACUGUGCUAGGUCAUCCGAUAUAGCUAUCCUUGUUGUCGGUCACAAUAAAGACUCUGAGGGCGAAGGGGGCGAUCGCAUCGACAUGCAAUUGCCAGGCCGGACGGACGCCCUCGUACAGGCGGCAGCCAGCGCAGUAACAAUGCCGUGGGUGAACCAAGCCCGCGCAAUCGUCAUGGCCUGGUACCAGGGUCAGGAAAACGGGAAUGCCUUGGCAGACGCUCUCCUAGGUCACUGUAACUUCUCCGGUAAAACUCCGAUCACUUUUCCUCGCCAGCUAGAGGACCACGGUUCUCAUGCAUGGUUCCCCGGGCAGGCAGCCAACGACUCUUGCGAGUUUGGGGAGCAAGGGUUGGUUGGAUAUCGUCACUUCGAUAAGCUCGGUAUCAAGCCUCUAUGGCCGUUUGGAUAUGGACUGUCUUACACGCGGUUUGAGGUCACUGACAUUCGCCUUGACGGGUACAUGACUACUACAGCGGCGUCCACCAUCUCGGUCCACGCUCGCAUCACCAAUGUUGGUGAACAAGCUGGCUCUGAAGUAGUGCAGGUCUACAUUAGCCCUUCUGAACGGAUUGAAAAGAGAGGGCUAGUCACGUAUGAAAAAACGCUGGCUGGAUUUUCCAAGGUGUUUGUCCCUGUCGGAGAUUCGAAAGACGUCAGUAUUCCGAUCGGCAAGGAAGAACUGCGUUGGUAUGACGAAGAAACCCAUUCAUGGCAGAUAGACCCGGGCAGGUACCACUGUUUCGUUGGCACCAGUGUGGUGGAUAUUCAUUGCGAACUGGAAUUCCAUGUGGUUCCCUCCUCCAUCCUACCUCCUUCGGUCCCCGUCGCCUGUCUCAACUGUCGCGAAAAGCAUCUCAAGUGCGAUGGUAAUCUGACGGGAUGUACCCGGUGCAAAGACCUAAGUCUCUUUUGCCACUUUGUACCGAGUCGCCGAGGGAGACGAGGGCGGCCUUGGCCCUACCCAGUGGACACCGAGCUGGUUCCGUUGUUUUUCCUCCAUUUCCAUCCAGCGCAUCCAUUCUUGGCGCCUCACGACGCAUUCCUGCAUUCUUCUCCCCCCGGCUACUUGCUGGACGUAGUACAGUUCAUCAGCCUACAUUACCUCCCUGCGAGUAAUGUCCCGGACCACACCCAUCAGCUAAGAACAGCCGUUCAAGAGGCAGAUGCCAGUCUCGAAAAGGUACAAGCGCUUUUGCUUCUGUCUAUCAUCAUGCAUGCACGAACCCAACCACGAGAGGCGAAGGAAUGCCUUGGACAGGCGAUUGCUUUGAGUCUAGACCUUGGACUUCAUUGUCGUGAAUUUUCCGACGCUAUGGAGGUCCAGAAUCCUGUUGGGGCUGAGAGUGCCCGGCGGACGUGGUGGGAAAUCUUCAUUAUUGACACCCUUCUCGCGGCUGUGCAAGUCGAAGGCGCUUUACAGCUGACGAUAGAGACACCGGAUCUUCCCCUGCCUUGUGAAAUGGACGAAUACCAGGAUGGCCGCUUGGGAAUCGUUCCAACCUCUCUCCGCGAUAUGGACCGUCAGGCCCUGUUUCACAAUGAUGGCGAUUUCUCUUCCGCGGCGUAUAGGGUUGAAGCAGCCACCAUACUUCGAAGGUGCCUGAUAGCGAGCGGUAAUCAUGUCUCCCAUGAAACUAUUAAUAUUCUCGAUGUCACCAUCUCGGCCUGGUUUCACCGUUUGCCUAGUGGCAAGCAGGCUAUGUUGCAUCAUAACGGUGACGUGGAUCAAAUGAUCUUUCAAUCUUUCAUGAUAAUGCACUGCGCUUCAAUAUACUUACACUUUCCGAAAUCAUACCUCCUCGCCUUCCUGCCCGUGACUAGUCACAUCUUUUGCUCUCGACCCCCAACCUUCACAUCCAGCUCAGCAAAUCCUCAAAUACACACAGCCAAAGUAUACGGUGCGGCGGUUAACCUAUCCAAGCUAGCGUCCUUAACGACCACGGUGACUAUUCUAAGUUCCAUCGUCCAACUCGCCAUCUUUACUGCUAAUCCCCAGCAGUCGACUCGCACAGGCCGCAACUUCCUAGCCUUGAACAUCGGCGUCCUAAAGUCCAUGGGGGCUGUGUGGGCGAUUGCGGCGGCUUCGAUGGCCCGGAUCCGCGACGUGGCUAUCGAGGUGGAGUCAGCGCUUGCCGGGGAGCGCAGAGGCCUGUUAGAUGAUCAAUUAACUCAGUCCGCGUUAGUCGACUCUCAAGAAUUGGACCUAACACUUCUAUGA